AAACCUAGGAUGAAAUGGAGAAAAUAUUAGAAGAGAAAAAUUUAAUGCCGAGUGGCUAACGUUAAACACAAAAUUAACGCAAACUCAUCCAUCCUGACCUUAGGAGCAACAACAAGAGGAGGGGAAAGCAAAGGAAAGGAAGGAAGAAAGAGAGACUAUUAAAAAAAACACUGGGUGGUGGUGGAAAAGCCCCUGAAGAGGGAAGGUGACGUCACAUCCCCUUGACCCUCCAAUCACCUCGGGGUCCCAUUUGAUUGGAAGGCGGCAAAGGCUUUAAUCUCCGACUAAUUCAGCUGCUUUUGAAGAGAGUUUCUUUGCCAGAUCUGAGGCUGGAUGGGCAGCGGCUCGCAUCACAGCUGAACGAGGAGGCGGAGAAAAGGAGGCAGCCGAGAGAGAGCCCAGAGCGAGCCAGGCAGCCAGGGAAAGGAUUAGGAUUGGGACGGGGAAAACAAAUCCAAGUUCCCCCACCCCUCCCCAUCUAACAAAACAAACAAACAAAAAAGACCACGAGGAUUAUUUCUAUUUUGUAUUAUUGAUUUCUGUCUCUUUAGCCAAAAUCUGUCUCCCACAGGGACACUUUUAAUCCUGGAGGAGUCUCCCCUCUUUUCUAUUUUUUAGUGUACAUAUAUGUGUAACACCCGCCCCCCCCCUUUAAAAGGGAACGUUGAAAGCUGACGCCCUGUUUCGGCUCCUGAUCAGCGCGCCUGGCGCUCCCCCACCCCGCCAGUUUUCAUGCGAGGCUUUGGGUCAUGAUUACAUCCCCCUUGCUUUCUGCCGUAAGAAGUAGUCAGCACGGAGGAGGAGGAGGAGGUGGAGGAGCAGGAGGAGGAGGUGCGAGAGAUCUUGGAAGCAGCAGCAGCAGCAGCAGCAACAACAGCAGCAGCAGCUCUGAUCUUGCCUGGCAAAGCGGACACUCUGGGAAUCCUACGAGCAGCAGCAGCACCAAGCCUUUCUUCCACUCUGUCCCACCCUCGGACCCUUUACGCCAGGCGAACCGCCUCCCCAUCAAAGUCUUGAAAAUGCUCACGGCACGGACUGGACACAUUUUGCACCCCGAAUACCUUCAGCCUUUGCCUUCCACUCCCGUCAGCCCCAUCGAGUUAGAUGCGAAGAAGAGCCCGUUGGCCCUCUUAGCGCAGACUUGCUCCCAGAUCGGCAAGCCCGACCCGUCGCCCUCGUCCAAGCUCUCGUCUGUCACGUCGAACGGCGGCGAUAAGGAGGGGUCCAAAUCGGGGCCCCUGAAGCUCAGCGACAUCGGCGUGGAGGACAAGUCGAGUUUCAAGCCUUACUCCAAGCCCGGCGCGGACAAGAAAGAGCCGUCGGCGGGAGUAGGAGGCUCAGUUGGUGCCGCGAACGCCUCGGGGGGAGGCUCUGGCGGCGGCGGCGGCGGCGGAGGCAGCAGCGAGAAGUCGGGCUUCCGGGUGCCGAGCGCCACCUGCCAGCCGUUCACGCCAAGGACAGGCAGCCCCACCUCCAGCGCCUCGGCCUGCUCACCCGGCUUGCUGCCCGGUGGCGGAGGUGACGGCAAAGGCGGCGACGCGGACAAGAAGGAGGCCUCGGACGGCUGCGGCAAAGGGGGCUCGGAGUCGUCGGGGGGCCACGGCCGGCUGGGCGCGGGCUGUGGCGGGAUUACGGCGGAGCUGAGCCAGGCCCACGAGAGCGCCAAGGGCCUCCUGGCGGGCUCGUCGUCGUCCUCGUCGUCCUCGUCCGCCUCCUCGGACUCGUCCUGCAGCGGCAGUAUCACGGUCACGUCAUCGGCCGCGGCCGCCGCUUCGGUGCUGAGCUCCGGCUUGGUGGCGCCGGUGUCGCCCUACAAGCCCGGGCAGACGGUGUUUCCGCUGCCGCCGGCCGGCAUGAGCUACCCGGGGACGCUGGCCGGCGCCUACGCAGGCUACCCGCCGCAAUUUCUGCCGCACGGCGUGGCGCUCGACCCCACCAAGUCGGGCAGCUUGGUGGGCGCGCAGCUGGCGGGCAGCUUGGGCUGCAGCAAGGCGGCCGGCUCGAGUCCCCUGGCGGGCGCCUCGCCACCCUCGGUCAUGACGGCCAGCCUGUGCCGCGACCCCUAUUGCCUGAGCUACCAUUGCGCCAGUCACCUGGCCGGCGCCGCCAGCGCCUCCUGCGCCCACGACCAGGCGCUCAAGUCCGGCUACCCUCUGGUCUACCCGACGCACCCGCUGCACACGGUCCACUCCUCGCUGAGCGGCGCCACCCCGCCCUCGCUCGCCGGCCACCCCUUGUAUCCUUACGGCUUCAUGCUCCCCAACGACCCUCAGCCCCACAUCUGCAACUGGGUGUCGGCCAACGGACCGUGCGACAAGCGCUUUGCCACCUCGGAGGAGCUGCUCAGCCACUUGCGGACUCACACGGCCUUCCCGGGGACUGACAAACUGCUCUCCAGCUACCCCAGCUCCACUUCCUUAGCCAGCGCGGCGGCAGCGGCUAUGGCUUGCCACAUGCACAUCCCGACCACGGGGGCCCCGGGCAGCCCCGGCACGCUGGCUUUGCGCAGUCCGCACCACGCCUUGGGACUGAGCAGUCGCUACCACCCUUAUUCCAAGAGCCCCUUGCCCACCCCAGGAGCCCCAGUGCCUGUCCCUGCUGCCACGGGACCCUAUUACUCCCCAUACGCACUCUAUGGGCAGAGACUGACAACAGCGUCCGCUUUGGGAUACCAGUGAGUUUUGUUUGGGUUUUGUUUUUUUUUUUUGGUUGGGAUCUUCUGACUUUUUUUUUUUUAAUUUUUGCGGUCAAAGGGGGUGGGGGAGAUAAAUUUCAAGCAACCCGUCUGGGGGAAAAGAACACAAAGCAACCCUUCAAAACUUUCUAAAAAAAAAAAAUCCAGAAAAGAAAAUUGAAAUUUGACUUUUUUAUAAAUAUAUAUAUAUAAAGAUAGUGUUCAUCUUGAGGACUGGAUCCAUGGGCACUGUAUUUAUUUAUGUUAGCUUCAAGCGGGACAAUGAAUCAAUAAAAGUGCAUUACUUAACUUCAGCUCAAUAGGCUUAAAGGAAAAAAAAGAUUAAAGUGGAAACACCCGUUGUAGAAUAUAAAUAAAUAAAAAGAAAAGAAAAAUAGAGGUCUUCUCUUUAAUGUUACUUUAAAAUGGCUAUGAUUGUAUUGUACGUUCUUAUUUAAUGUCUCAUUGGGGGUGGGGGGAAAACUUCAUGCAUGUCUCUUAAAAACAACAGGGAAAAAAGCAGCACCACUUAACUAGCAAUUUGUGAGUUCUGAUUUCAAAUUGCAAUUAUAUUUUAAGAUGUUUACCAACAACAAAAUAAUUGGUAAUUUUUGUAUGUAUUCUGGAAGAAAGGAAAACCCAACCACAACUCUAUUCCAAAAACCUCCAUUUGCCUUAUUUUUGUUCUUUAAAAGGAACACUUAACUAUUUUUUAAUUUUUAAGUCCACCCUGUAAAAGGGCAGAAACCAGGAUGACGUCAUGUAUUUAAAAAUAACAGACAAUGUAUCGCUUUAAAAGAUUAAAAUUCCGUAUAUUUGAUGUAUUAAAAAAGUUUUACUUUUAUUUUGACAUUA